UACGGGCCCGGCCAGAGGAAGGGGAUCCUGAAGCAGUUUGAACAGGGAAAGAUUCAGCUCCUCAUCAGCACAGACGCCACCGCCCGCGGCAUCGAUGUGCAGGGGGUGCAGCUGGUGGUGAACUACGAUGCCCCCCAGUACCUGCGGACCUAUGUGCUCAGGGUGGGAAGAACCGCUCGUGCUGGGAACACCGGACAGGCCUUCACGCUGCUCCUCAAAGUGCAGGAGAGGAGGUUCCUCCGGAUGCUGACUGAAGCCGGGGUCCCUGAGCUGGAGCGGCACGACACCCCCAGCGAGCUCCUGCAGCCGCUGGUCCCGCAGUACGAGGAGGCCCUGUCCCAGCUGGAGAGGGCCGUCAAGGAAGAAUGGAGGCAGAAGGCGGCCUAGGCCGGGCCCUGAGGACGAUGGGACCGAGCCUGGGCGGACAGGCCUCCUGGAGGAGCCUCAGUGCACCGCCUGCUCAGCCCACGCCCGGGUGCGGCCCUUCGUCACGGCAGCAGGCCUGGCCGGAGGCGGCCAAGCACACGGGUCCGCCUCUGAUCGGUUGCUCCUCUGGGGCUGGAGCGGAUGGUUCGGACGGGCCCAGAACCGACAGGUGGGUGAGGUUGGCCGAGCCGAGUUUUGGACUUCAGCUCGUCUACACCUCAGGAUGCUCCCAUCUCGUUGGGAACGUGCCCCCGGCCUUACCUUAGCCCCCACCACACCGCGUGCAGAGUAACGAGCACGAGAGGCUCUGGUGACUGUGACUGCAAACCGGCUUCCGAGCUCUGACCUGCUGCUCAUGCUGACAUGAAGAGACUGAAGGGACGCGCUGGUGUCUCCCUCUGCGCCAGAGUUCGUCGUUCACCCGAGCAAAACAGCUGGUCCCAGGCUCGCGGGUAGACACAGGGCAGGGACGGGUCAGGAGGCAGAGGCUGUCCGAGUGCCAGCGCUUGUCCUGAGCCAGCUCACUUGACUUGCGGUCCCGCCCACACCACCCCUGGCACACGAGGCCCGGGGCACAGGGGCGAUGGGUGGAGCCGCCAAGCGUGGAGCCGGCUCGCUCAGGCUCUGUCAUCUGGAACGCAGGCCCCUGCAGCCAUCACGCCGCCUCCCUCAGCGGGGGCCUUGAGCCUGGUGAUGGCCUGCGUCUGAAUUGAGGCUGCUGGCUGGGGCCUGGCUGGCCCAGAACCCCGUGUGUGGGGAGGUGGUCGCAGCUGCUGCUGCGCUGCCUUCUGUGGGGCCACGGGAAGCCCCUGAACCUGAUCGUGGGGGGCCCUCUGGCAGGAUGAUGCUGCUCUCAAGGUCUGAGGAAGGUUUCCCUGAUUUCCUGAACAUUCUUAUUCGCGAACAGAGCUUUGGCUUUGCCUUUGUAACCAAAGGCCUAUUAAAAUGAUUUCCCCGACAAAAAAAAA